AUGGACCAACUUUUAGAGUUUUUAAGAGUUGCGUUCCCAAAAGAAAAUACGAUUCCAGCUUCACACUAUGAAGCUAAGAAGAAGCUGGAAAAAAUUGGGUUAGGAUAUCAAUCUAUACAUGCUUGUGUUAAUGAUUGUGCUUUGUUUUGGAAGGAGAACGAGUCGAUGCAGAACUGUCCUAUUUGUAACGAGAGCAUAUCGGUUGACAAAAACACAAAGGGGAAGAAAGUGGCACAAAAAUUGUUGCGUUAUUUUCCUUUGACUCCCAGGCUUCUCAAAGGGCGGUCAAAUGAUGGUAAGAUGUAUCAUCCUGUUGAUGGGAAGGCAUGGCAAGAAUUUGAUAAGCGUUAUCCUAAGUUCGCCAAUGAACCUAGGAACGUUCGCUUGGGUUUGGCUGCUGAUGGCUUUAAUCCAUUUUGCAACAUGAAUCAGUCGUAUAAGUCUUCUUUCAUGUUGAUUUUGCUAAUUCCUGGCUCUAAAUCACCUGCGAAGGACAUUGAUGUUUUCUUGAGGCCUUUGGUAGACGAGUUGAAAAUGUUGUGGGACGAAGGAGUGCAAAUGAGAGAUGCAGCAACCAACACUAUAUUUACGAUGCAUGCAACACUAUUAUGGACUAUCAACGAUUAUCCUGCUCAUAGCAGUUUUUCUGGAUGGAGUGGUCAAGGUUAUAAAGCUUAUUCUACCUGCAAUAAAGACACACCUUCAUGUCGUAUAACCAACAAGAUAGCUUAUGUUGGUCAUAGAAGAUUCUUGCAUAGCAAGCACGAAUGGAGGGAGAGUUUGUUGUUUAAUGGAAAAAAAGAGUCGAGAAAGCCUCCCCGGCGAUUCAGUAAUGCAGCAAUAUUAAAGCAACUAGACUGUCUCCCGGAUCGUAUUCCAGGGAAACAUCCUAGUUAUGGUGGGGGUGUGAAAAGAAAGCGUACAGAGUCAGAGUUAAACUGGACCAAAAGGAGUAUCUUCUUUGAGAUUAGUUAUUGGUCUUCUUUAGAACUAAAACACAAUCUAGAUGUUAUGCACGUGCAGACAAAUGUGUCUAAGAGUUUUGUGGGUACUUUGUUGAAGAAUGAAAACUCAAAAGACACACAAAAAGCAAGAGAAGAUUUGGAAAAUUGGGGUAUUCGAGACAAUUUAUGGCUACAAAAGAAUAACAACAAGAUCAUGCAACCACAUCCAGAUUACUCUUUCAAACGAAUUGAUCGAGAAUGUUUCUGUCAGUUCAUUAAAGGAGUUAAACUACCCGAUGGGGUUCGAGCUGGUUUGCCUACGAAUGUUUCAACAACAAUCAUUGACCUUUACACAUUCUUUAAAAAAAAUUGUGCACAGACAUUGGAUGUGAAAGACAUGUAUAAAGCACAUAAUGAAUUGAUAAAGAUCUUAUGCAAUUUGGAGUUGAUAUAUCCUCCAACAUUUUUUGAUAUAAUGGUUCAUGUAGUUCUACAUUUACCUGAAGAAGAUAUUCUUGGAGGGCCUGUACAUAUGAGAUGGAUGUAUCCUUUUGAAAGAUACAUGAAAAAGUUAAAAGCUUAUGUAAGAAACAAAGCAAGACCUGAAGGUUCAAUAGCAGAAGGUUAUGUUGCAGAUGAAGCGUUGACAUUCUGCUCCAUGUAUCUUGAUGGUAUACAAACCAAAUUUAAUCGUCCCGAAAGAAAUGCAGAUGUUGGCAUUCCGAAGAGUCGGUUUUCUGUGUUUUCAUUACAAUGUCGUCCGAUGUCGAAAAAGAAAAUCAUUUCUCUUUCUAAAGAGGCCUCAAAAGCAUUGCAUUGGUUUGUACUACACAACUGCGAUGAAGGAAUUACAUCUAAAAAUCCGGGAAGAGAUGUAAAAGCGAAAUUUUCUUCAUGGUUCAGUGAUAAGGUCUAUCAGCUAGAAAGAAAUUCGUCCCCUGAAUGUACCAAUGAAUUAAAGGCAUUGGCAUAUGGUCCGUUGAACGCGUAUUCUUACACUGCUUGCAUAGUCCAUGGUGUUAGAUUUGUAGUAUAUGAUCAUGAGCUUCGACGUACUACUCAAAACAGUGGUGUUUUUACACUUGGAGAAGAUGGUACACCAUUUUAUGGUCAAUUUACAGAGAUUAUCCAGUUGAACUAUUUAAGUGGUUACUCGGUUGUUCUAUUUCGUUGCAAAUGGUUUAAUACAUCGGGGAAAAGACGAUUUGUUGAGAAAAAUGGUAUCGUUGCUAUUGACAUCAGUCGUGAAUGGUAUGUCGGUAAUACAUGGUACGAUGGUGACCAAUACAUUUUAGCCACACAAGUGAAACAAGUGUUUUAUCUUCAAGAUCCUUCUCGAAAUGGCAAUAAUUGGAGAGUUGUGGAAGACGUUCACCAUCGAAAACAUUGGGACCAUCCAAGUCUCAUUCUUGUUAAUGAUGUAGAUGUUUUACAUGACACUCAAUCAUCUGAUUAUAACUUGGUUGUCGACGUAGGUAAUGAUGGUGAAUCAAAUGUGGUUGUUAAGAGAUGUGUUGCCCCCGUUGUGGAUGAUCAAUCAUUUCAUUCUAACUUGGUCGCCGACUUAGGAUAUUUGCCAAUGCGGGCAACUUUACAUGAAGUUGGUGAAUCAAGUGAUGCUCCUAUUGUGGAUGAUGAAGGUUUUAUUGAUGAUGAUGAGGAAGACAGUGAUACAUACCCUUCAUAA